AUAAUAGAUGACAAGCAAGACAAGCAAUGACAAGUGUUUGAGAGAGAAAGCGAGUUGGCUGGAACCGGCGUGUUUAAUUAAAAAAAAAAAAAAGUGUCUUCAAGUGGUUGACAAUAAAAAUAAAUAAAAAACAACAUCAACAACAACAACCAAUAAUAAUAAUAUUACGUUUUUAAAUACGCGGUUGUAUUGAAGAAUGGAGAGUGAUAAAAAUUUAGAAAAAUCCGACACCGUGAUAAUCGAUCCACUGUGGCAAAAAAAUCAAGUUUUUACAUCACGCGGUAAUGAUGUUAUUGGAAAUCCUCAUCUAUCAAAACCCCGGCUCCAAGAUAAAUCUGCCACCGCCCCAUCCUCUGGAAAUAUUGGUCUCAAAGGAAUUAUUGCCGGUGGAAUAACUGGUGGUAUUGAAAUAUGCAUAACAUAUCCAACGGAAUAUGUUAAAACUCAAUUACAAUUAGAUGGUAAAACUGGUGCUGGUAAACAAUACAAUGGAAUUUAUGAUUGUGUUAAAAAAACAAUAAAUACAAAUGGAUUUUUUGGAUUGUAUCGUGGUUUAUCAGUAUUGGUUUAUGGCUCAAUACCAAAAUCAGCAGUUAGAUUUGGAUCAUUUGAAACAGUUAAAAAACAACUUGUUGAUGAUGAAGGAAAAUUAAAUGCACAAAGAAAAUUAUUAGCUGGUCUUUGUGCUGGUGUGUCUGAGGCAAUAUUAGCUGUAACACCAAUGGAAACAGUUAAAGUUAAAUUUAUCAAUGAUCAAAGAUCUGGUAAUCCAAGAUUUCAAGGAUUUUUUCAUGGAGUCAGUCUCAUUGUCAAAGAAAAUGGAUUCAAGGGAAUUUAUCAAGGAUUAAUGCCAACAAUAAUGAAACAGGGUUCAAAUCAAGCCAUAAGAUUUUUCGUUAUGGAAACAAUGAAAGAUUAUUAUCGUGGUGAUGAUAAUAAUAAAGUAGUACCAAAACCAAUGAUUGGUUUAUUUGGUGCAUGUGCUGGUGCAGCAUCUGUAUUUGGCAAUACACCAAUUGACGUUGUAAAAACAAGGAUGCAGGGUCUUGAAGCAUCAAAAUACAAGAGUAGCUUGGAUUGUGCUGUUCAAGUAUGGAAAAAUGAAGGACCAAGAGCAUUUUACAAAGGAACUGUACCAAGAUUAGGAAGAGUUUGUCUUGAUGUUGCAAUAACAUUUAUGAUUUAUGAUUCAUUCAUGGAUCUUUUCAAGAAAGUCUGGCCAUAAUUAUUUUUUAUUAUUAUCAGUUAAUCUUUAAAUGCCAUAUCAAGCAAUUGAUUAUACUUUUUUUUUUUUUUCUUUUUUUCUUUUCUUCUUUUUUGUUCAAUUAUACAGAGAUACUUUGAUGUACAUAUACAAAUUAAUUAGAAAAAACAUUGUCGACAAUUUAGGGUAAGUCACUGUUCAAUUAACAACGCCAAUCAA